AGUGAUGGGCCAGUCAUGUAACUACUGUGAACACGGUCGCUCCUCUGCCGACUAUCAACCGGAUACAGCGCGAUACCAAAAUUUAAAUACAAAACAAAAUGACCCAUUGACAUAGUAAUUUACAAGUUUAUAAAAAAAUACUAAUAUACUUAUAUAAAACCGAGUACCUGUGAAUAAUGUGAAUAUUCUUGCUUUAAUAGUUUUAAUUAUAUCUACGUAAUAAUUCAAUAAGAUGACAACGAUAAAAAAUAAGACCUUAACAGUAUUACUUGCUUUUGUAUUGAUCGCCACGAUGUUCUAUUACAAUAUUUUCGAUCUUCUACAAAAUUGUGCCGAGAAUUCAUUUGGAAAUAAUAUACGUUAUGCGUCCAAAUAUGACCUGUGGUUACCGCAGUAUAAUGGCACUGAAGACUUCCUGAUCAACACACGAGGCUGUUAUAUACCCAAUUAUUCUAAAACAAUGACCUUCAUCGAAGCGAAAAAAAUGAAAUUUACAUGUUACGAACGAAUAGUUUUUGUGGACAAAGUUUCUGAAGAUAAAAUCAGAUUUCGCAUUGAUCAAACUAAAACCAAACAGAAUGUAACAACAUUUAAAUGUUGUUACAAGUUUGCCUCCCGGUCUAUCGAACGAGAUAAAGAAGAUAUUGCAAUAACCUACACAAGCUGUGUCCCGUUCGAAAAUGACACUGUAACAGUAUUAGAAGAGGAAGUAGUAAUAGUGUCUUGUAUCCAAAAGGCCAAUAAAAAAACAGUUUUCACUUACGAAGAUGCAUACUUAAUACUUAAGAAGCAAUACACGGAACAUUUAAAACUGCAGGUGAAGGAAGAUGCUGUUAUAAUGAAAGACAACUGGAACGUCCUAAUUGUGGGCAUGGACACGAUGUCUCGUGCGCGAGCGCACCACAGCAUUCCGAAAACCCUUCGCUACAUGCGAGAACACGAUUGGUUAGACUACCAAGGCUACCAAAAGGUCGGUGCAAAUACUUAUCCGAACAUAAUGGCAAUUUUGACUGGAAAAAACUAUACCGAAGUAUCUAAAGCCUGCGGCAUGACUAUGGAUAACUGCCAGCAGUUGCUAAUUUGGAACAAAUUUAGAGACGCCGGUUAUGUAACCGCAUACGGAGAAGAUAACUUGAAAUUGCCUGAUACAUUCUCUACGCGCCACGGGUUCAAGACGCCGCCUACAGACCACUACACCAGACCGUUCUUCCUCACAGGAGAACAUCGUAUCGGCAAUCUAGUCUGCACGAAGAGUAGACCAUCAGCCGAACAUAUGCUCGACUACGCUCUUCAAUUUGCCCAAGAAUACAAAAAUGAUAGUUUCUUCGGCUUUUUCUGGAUUAAUUCCUACAGUCAUAACUUAGAUAACUUACCUACACUAUUAGAAAAUAACUUAAUCAACUUUUUUGAAAAUUUACGCGACGUUGGUACUUUAGAUAACACUUUUGUUAUUUUCCUAAGUGAUCAUGGAAUACGAUUUGGCAAAGUGAGAUUCCAAACAGAGGCGUAUUAUGAGGAACGUCUUCCAAUGCUGUUCAUGUGGGUGCCCCACGCGUUUAGAGAAACAUAUCCAGAAGAAUAUCAUAUUCUGAAGCUAAAUCAAUAUCGGCUUACUACACCUUACGAUUUGCACGCGACCCUUUGGGACUUUAUGAAAAUGACAACCAAUUGGAUUGAUAUCGUUCCUCCAGAAGCGUGUCCAGAAUGCAAGAGUUUUACAAAGGAGGUAUCGCCAAACAGGACGUGUGCGGAUGUUCAAGUAAGCCAAAAAUGGUGCACUUGUCACAAUCUGACUGAUGCUACACACGAUCCCGCGGCAAAUCGAAGCCUUGAGCUAGCUGUAGCGUUCGUACAAAAUAGAAGUAAAUCGAUCAAAACAGCAGAAUGCACGAUGUGCAGCCCACUAAUAUUAAAGACUGUCUUAAGACAACAUUCAUACAGAGAUGGAAACAACACCUACUACGUGGUCGCGUUUAUGUUUAGUUCUGGUCCUGGUUUUGAAGCUACAGUAGAACAUGAUGGAAACAAUUUCAAUAUAUUACCAUUUACAGAUCCUAUAACAUCUUAUAAUAUGAAAGGUUACUGUGUUAUAAACAAACUGGACAGGCCGUAUUGCUCGUGUCUUAAAGUAAGUAAAUGUAAAAAGAAGAACAAAUAAAUUUAUUAACUAAG